GGGAGGUUGCGACCUCCAAUGGUGACUUUUUUCGGCUUCUGCACGUCCAAUGAAGAAUUUGGAUGUUUUUGAACUUUCACCAUCUCGAGUUUUGACCGGUGGAGCGUGUUAGACCAUUCCAACUCCCUUUAUAACGCCGCCAAUUAAAUUUGGUUGAUCAGGUACACGGAGGGGGUCCAAAACCAGCGAAGGCCAGAGGAGUUACAGCUCCGAGGUGUUGUAUUGCUGCCUUCCCGUGUCGCUGUGGGAGAAUUUGGGGUGUUUGCAAGCUGAUCCGGAGGGGAUUUCGAUUUCAUCGACGCGGCAGGGAGCGUCGAGGGAGGGAGGGAGAGGAAUGGAGGGGGGAAUUUCUUUUUGGCAGGCGUUGACCCUCUCUUCGAUCGCGGGAUGGGUGGUGGCAGCAUCGACAUUCGAUCUUACCAGGAGGGUCAGAGCACUAACGCAGCCGUUGGUCACGCGCCGGGUGAUCGCAGAUACCCCGGCGAUCCUUCGGUUGCAGAGAUCGCAAAAUGGGUUCUUGGACAAUUUGUUCUCCACGCUGUCAUGCGUUGUGUCCGUUCCCUUCUAUACAGGAUUUCUCCCCAUUCUUUUCUGGAGCGGGCAUUCCAAAUUGGCAAGGCAGAUGACCUUAUUGAUGGCUUUCUGUGAUUACAUCGGGAACUCAAUAAAGGAUCUCGUAUCAGCUCCUAGACCUAGUUGCCCUCCUGUGAGGAGGGUAACUGCCACUGCAGACGAGAAGGAGAAUGCCAUGGAGUAUGGAUUGCCUUCUUCACAUUGUCUGAACACAGUUUGUUUGUUAGGAUAUUUAGUAUUCUAUAUCCUGACAUAUUAUCCACAAAGAGAUGGAAUUGAGAUUGCAAUUUUGUUCGGGCUAGUAUGCUUGCUUGUCUUUCUAAUUGGCAUAGGGAGAGUAUAUUUAGGUAUGCAUAGUGUGACAGAUGUAAUUGCUGGAAUUGGCAUUGGGCUCGCUAUCCUUUCCAUUUGGUUGACGGUCCAUGCAUAUAUUGAUGAGUUUGUCAUCUCUGGACAGAAUGUUACAUCUUUCUGGGCCGGUCUAUCUUUCCUGUUGGCAUUUGCAUAUCCUACUCCGGAAUUGCCAACCCCAAGUUUUGAGUACCACGCGGCCUUUGAUGGUGUUGCAUUUGGAAUAGUUACUGGAAUUCAACAAACAUACAUUCAUUUUCACCACGAGGGCGUGCCACGUGUUUUCAGCCCUCAACUACCAUUCACAGCUUUCUUCGGUCGGAUACUGGUUGGCAUUCCUACAAUACUAAUCGUGAAAUUCUGCAGCAAGGCUAUAGCCAAAUGGUUGCUGCCUAUUGUCUGCAACACAUUGGGUAUCCCAAUCAUUUCGUCAUCCUAUGUACCAAUGCUGAAGGGAUCCAUAAGCAAGGGAAAACCAGAAGGCAGUAAGCAAUCAGUUUAUGUACCGAAAUUGGUUGCUUUUCUCCCUCAGAAGGCAUAUGAUGUUGACACUGGAAUUAGGUUUCUUCAGUAUGCUGGCCUUGCAUGGUCAGUGGUUGAUUUGGUUCCCUCUCUCUUCUCUCAUCUAAAUUUGUAGCAGGUUUUUAUUCUAUUUUCUCAGAUUUACCACGCAAUAACUUAAUGUAGGAAUGGUUGUAGUUCAAAUCCUCAUGGCGAUUGUGUAUAGCAUUUUUGUGGAAUGUGAAAAAAAAAGCCAAAAAAAAAAAUCAUUAAAUCAA